GUCAAAAGAGGAAGAAGAUUAGAAGAGGGUGUCAGUGUUGCCAUUCAAGCUAAGGAAGACACGUGCAGGUGCCGCCCCCCUUGACCCGGCCUGCACGCCCCGACCUGCCAUGGAGCUGCCCGAGAAGCUGAGCCUGCUGGGCCUGUCCGAGCAGAAGGUGAAGGAGACGCUGAAGAACGAGCCUCUCACCGCCGUGCUGGCCAAGAUAGCAGACCAGGCUGGACUGAGUGGGCCUGUAAACAAGAAUGCGGGUAACCUGCUCUACCACCUGGCCACCAAGCUACCUCGCCAGUUCCACUCACACCUCCCCCUCCUUGUGGAGUAUGUGGCCAGUGGGCGGAUAGACCAGGAGGCAAAGCUUACGGCUGCCAUCAAGUUUGUCCAGGAUAACAGCACAGGUAAUAUCAACCGAGCGGAGUUUGAGAAGCAGUGUGGCGUGGGUGUGGUGGUGACCCAGGACGAGGUGGAGGCAGCGGUGGCACAGGUGAUGAAGAAACACAAAGAUGCCAUUAUCAAGCAGAGGUAUCAAUACAACACAGGGCCACUCAUGGGGCAGGUGAGGGCAAGUUUACCUUGGGCAGAGAGUCGCAAAGUGAAGGAAGAAAUUGACCUUCAGAUACUGACAUUGUUAGGGCCCAAAAGGGAGGAGGACUUCGUCAAGCCGCCCAAGACCAAAGGAGAGAAGAAGGAAAAAAAACCCGCUACCUCCCCAUCCAAAGCUCCAGCAGAACAGACAGAGAAACAGCCGCUCACAAUGGCAGAGUUCCUUAAGACGGUAAACUUCCAUGCCCCGGGAGACAACCACAAGACAGAUGGUUACGUCAUCACAGACAAAACACAAACUCUCCUCAAGGAACACCUCAAGAUUACUGGAGGACAGGUUAGAACACGGUUUCCACCCGAACCCAAUGGCAUUUUACACAUUGGUCAUGCAAAGGCCAUCAACAUCAACUUUGGGUAUGCUGCAGCUAACAAUGGAGUGUGCUUCCUGCGCUAUGAUGACACCAACCCAGAGAAGGAGGAGGAGAAGUUCUUUGUGGGAAUCAAAGACAUGGUGGAGUGGCUCGGUUACAAGCCAUACAAGACCACCCACUCGUCAGACUACUUCCAGCAGCUGUAUGAGUGGGCGGUGCUGCUGAUCAAGAAGGGCCUGGCCUACGUGUGUCACCAGCGCCCCGAGGAGCUGCGUGGCCACGACCCUCCACUCUCACCCUGGAGGGACAGACCCGUCCACGAGUCCUUGCAGCUGUUUGAGGACAUGAAAAAUGGAAAGUUUGAUGAGGGUGAAGCAACCCUUCGACUUAAGAUCACGCUGGAGGAAGGCAAAGUGGACCCGGUGGCGUAUCGCAUCAAGUUCAUCGCCCAUCACUGCACAGGCAACCAGUGGUGCAUCUACCCCACCUACGACUACACACACUGCCUCUGUGACUCCCUGGAGCACAUCACACACUCACUCUGCACCAAGGAGUUCCAGGCAAGACGGUCUUCCUACUACUGGCUGUGCAAUGCAGUAGAAACUUACUGCCCCGUGCAAUGGGAAUACGGCAGGCUCAACAUGAACUACACGGUGGUCUCCAAGCGCAAAAUUGGCAAGCUCAUCACUGAGGGCCAUGUCAGAGACUGGGAUGAUCCUCGGCUUUUCACCUUGUCGGCCCUGAGGCGGCGUGGCUUCCCCCCUGAGGCUAUCAACAACUUCUGUGCCACGCUAGGCCUCACCGGAGCUCAGAUCAGUAUCCAUCCUGAUGCCCUCGAGGCUUGUGUUCGUGAUGUCCUUAACACCACCGCCCCAAGGGCCAUGGCUGUGUUGGAACCUCUGAGGAUAGUCAUCACCAACUACCCCAGUGACAAGCCCACCCCGGUGACAGUCCCCAACCUCCCUGGCAACGAGGCAAUGGGCACCCAUACCGUCCCCUUUAACAAGGAAAUUUGGAUUGAACGCUCAGACUUCAGAGAGAAAGAAGAGAAGGGUUACAGGAGACUCAUGCCGCAGCAGAGUGUGGGGCUGAGGCACUGUGGCCAGGUGAUCAGUGUGGCAGAGGUAGUGAGGACCAGCUCAGGAGAGGUGGACUACCUCAAAGUCACCUGUGAGCCUGUGUCUGAGGCCAACAAGCCCAAGGCAUUCAUCCACUGGGUAGCUCAGCCUCUCAAGUGUGAAGUGCGCAUCUACGAGAGACUGUUCCAGCAUGAGUGUCCUGAGGACCCAUCAGUGGUUCCUGGCGGUUUCGUCUCGGACAUCAAUCCCAACUCCAUGACAGUGCUGCAGAGUCUUGUCGACACCUCUGUCAAGGGUGCCAAGCCUUUUGACAAGUUCCAGUUCGAGAGAACAGGGUUCUUCUCAGUUGAUCCAGACUCAGCUCUGGACUGUCUUGUGUUUAACCGCACCGUUGGACUUAAGGAGGACAAAGGAAAGAUUUAAAACUUAACAUCCUAGGCUGUGUUCAUUAAUAGUUUUGGUACAGAUUACAAUCUUGAAUAAAUCCUGAUUGUAAA